AUGGCCAACCAAGCAGAUUUCAAGAACCGGGAGUUCCUCGCCGUCAUCGGCGAUGAGGACUCGGUGACGGGCUUGCUACUAGCAGGUAUCGGCCACGUCACAGCUGGCGCCGAUUCCCAAAAGAACUUCCUGGUCGUGGAUAGCAAAACCGACACUGCUGCCAUCGAAUCCGCCUUUGACCGGUUUACGCAGGAUCGAAAGGACGUGGGUAUCGUCUUGAUAAACCAACACAUUGCGGACCGGAUACGGCACCGAAUUGAUACAUAUACCGCCGCUUUCCCUACCGUCCUGGAAAUUCCGAGCAAGGACCAUCCAUACGAUCCAGAGAAAGAUAGUGUACUGAGACGGGUUCGUCGCCUGUUUGGCGAGUAG